AUGGCUAGACCCCUGGAGCAGGCAGUGGCUGUCAUCGUGUGUACCUUCCAGGAGUAUGCGGGACGCUGCGGGGACAAGUACAAGCUCUGUCAGUCAGAGCUGAAAGAGCUGCUACAGAAGGAGAUGUCCAACUGGACCCCGACUGAGUUUCGGGAGUGUGACUACAAUAAAUUCAUGACUGUUCUGGACACCAACAAGGAUUGUGAGGUGGACUUUGCAGAAUUCGUGCGCUCUCUUGCCUGCCUCUGCCUCUACUGCCACGAGUACUUCAAGGAUUGUCCCCUAGAGUCUCCCUGCUCCCAGUAG